CAUGUUUUUAUAUGAAUGGUAAAGGCUGGUGCGGAGGAGUUGUGGGGAGGUGGAGGGCUGGUUGAGAUCACGCAUGCGCAGUACCAUACCGGCGACGGCUGUACAAACGGUGGCCUAGCAAAUACGGGGAUUUCAGAGCCGAUCUUGACAGGCUACACAAUGAGUCAGGGUAAGGACAAUGCACGACUCAAGAGCUACAAGAACAAGUCUCUCAACACAGAUGAAAUGAGACGAAGGAGGGAAGAGGAAGGCCUACAGCUACGCAAACAGAAGAAGGAUGAACAGCUAUUUAAGAGGAGGAAUGUUUCCACCAUGGAGGAUGAUGGCAUCCUGGAGGAUGAUGGAAUGGCUGAUAGUGGCUACCUGGAGUCACAGGCUAACAACAUGGACCCACUCAUGGGUGGGGUGAUCUCUGAAGAUAUGACUCAAAUGAUCUUCUCCAGUUCACCUGAGCAGCAGCUAAUAGGAACUCAGCGCUUUAGGAAACUCCUUUCUAAAGAGCCCAACCCACCCAUUGAUGAAGUCAUUGCUACUCCAGGGGUGGUGGAGCGCUUUGUUGAGUUCCUGAAGAGGAGAGAAAACUGCACAUUGCAGUUUGAGGCUGCCUGGGUGUUGACCAACAUUGCAUCGGGUACAUCCCACCAGACGCGAGUGGUAAUCCAGGCAGGAGCUGUACCUAUAUUCAUAGAGAUGCUCAGCUCAGAUUUUGAAGAUGUACAGGAACAGGCAGUGUGGGCCUUGGGAAACAUAGCAGGAGACAGCACAGAAUGCAGAGACUUUGUCAUAGACUGCAACAUUUUGCCUUCCCUGGUGCAGUUACUGGCCAAACAGAAUCGUCUAACGAUGAUGAGGAAUGCAGUUUGGGCUCUGUCAAACUUGUGCAGAGGGAAGAAUCCACCUCCAGACUUUGCUAAGGUGUCUCCUUGUCUCAGUGUGCUGUCUUGGCUGCUGUUCGUCAAUGACACAGACAUACUGGCUGACGCGUGUUGGGCGCUCUCCUACCUGUCUGACGGCCCCAAUGACAAAAUCCAGGCUGUUAUCGACUCAGGAGUCUGUCGCAGGCUGGUAGAAUUACUGAUGCAUUCAGAUUAUAAGGUGGUAUCCCCUGCACUGCGAGCUGUUGGGAACAUAGUCACCGGAGAUGAUGUACAGACACAGGUGAUCCUGAACUGUUCAGUGCUGCAGUCCCUACUUCAUCUCCUGAGCAGCCCCAAGGAGUCCAUCAAGAAGGAAGCCUGCUGGACGAUCUCCAACAUCACUGCAGGGAACCGAGCACAAAUCCAGAUGGUGAUAGAUGAAGGUCUCCUGCCUCCUCUUAUCACUAUCCUACAAGUAGCAGAGUUUCGCACAAGGAAGGAGGCAGCGUGGGCAAUUACCAAUGCCACCUCUGGGGGCUCCGCAGAGCAGAUCAGAUACCUGGUGGAACUGGGAUGCAUAAAACCACUGUGUGACCUGCUCACUCAUUUGGACUCCAAAAUAGUUCAGGUGGCUCUAAAUGGCCUAGAGAACAUCCUUCGCUUGGGAGAACUGGAGGCCAAGAGGGGAGGAGGCAUCAAUCCCUACUGUGCACUUAUCGAAGAAGCCUAUGGUCUGGACAAGCUGGAGUUCCUGCAGAGCCAUGAAAACCAGGAAAUAUAUCAGAAAGCCUUUGACCUGAUUGAGCGCUACUUCAACACCGAAGAAGAGGAGUCAUCCCUGGCUCCAGCCGUCGAUCUGCAGCAGCAGCAGUUCCUCUUCCAGCAGUGUGAGGCCCCGAUGGAAGGCUUCCAGCUAUAAUGCAAACUCCUCCCUCGCCUUGUGCUCCACCUUCAUCCUCACCUCUGCAUAUUCUCUACCUGUCUACCCACUGCCAUGAUGAAGGGCAGUGAACUCUCAGCCUACCCUCCAUCUUCCCUUCUCAGUGUUGGAGAGAUUAAUAAUUCAAACAUUAUCAUGUUUAUGAAAAAUAUUACAGAAGCACAUGUGUGCAUACGUCCAAUGUGGGUCCAGUUCUGCAGUCUUGUCAGCCAGUUAGUAAAGGUUUCUCAUCAUCAUUCUGUCUUGCGCUGAACUCACUUCUGCCCCCUAGUUCGUCAGUACCUGAGUCCCUCCAACCACUUCAGACCCUAGCAGCUCCCACUGGUAGACUGUUCAUGUUACACCACCCGUCUUUCUGUUUGGAUCCCUCUGCAGCUCAACCCAAAUGAAAAGCAUUUCCUGUAGGAUUGGCGAACCCUGAGUCAGUGGGAGUUUUAGGACUGCACUGCUUGUUUGGUUGAAUUGUCAAUGACUCUCAAGACAGACAAACAUGGCCAUGAUUUUUAUCCCCCUCUCACACACACAAAUAGGGAAGAAGGAUUUAACCUAAACACUGGACUGACCAUUAGACGCUGAUCAUGUUUGACUGUGGUCACUGGACUGAACUGCCCACAUCAGGGCCACCACUCGGACUAAUAUGACCUCUACAAAAAGGCACUUAAAUGACUGAAAAAAUGGAGGUGCAAGCCCUUGUCUCCUCUCUCUGGCAUUGGAUAAGUCACCACAGAUGGACAAAUUGGGAACUUGACUGUGUUGCUGAGGGGUGGAGCUUGUCGUUGACAAACCAGGCUUCCUGCAUUCCUCUAUCCAGCAAUGGGACUUUUCACCUACACAGGCUCCAUCCUGAAGUGCUUAGACUGCCUCCUGCCUCUGGUGUGACGUGUAAACCCCAUGGAAUCAUGGGAAUUGGAGUCUUCCCUCGCACUGAGACAAAUGGACAGACUUAGACAAGACAAAACAGACUAUGUAACCCUGGAAUCUGUCCAGUGGCAAAUUUUAUCUUACCAUCAUUUCUUUUUAUUUGCAGCACUUUAGUUCAAGACUGAUGUCUGGUCAUCUAGGGUAUACCAUAGUUCCUACAUUAACUAUUUAAUUGGUUGAUGACAUGGCUCUUCCCUCCUCAAUGAAAUGAGGUCUAAAUAGGUGUGGUCUGUAUUAUCAGUCCGCUUUUGGUAUGACUAGGAUAACAAUGUACGUCACUGUUUACCUUUCCCACAAAUGACUCACACAGAUUGUGGACUGAAACUGUUCACACACUAAUUACAAUCAGCACAUCAUUGUGACUCAGCAAAAACCUGCAAGAACUUUACCUGUGACAAAGGAAAUCAGUAAGUUUUUGGAACAGUGGCUGUUUAGCUGUGUGCUCUCUAAAACAUGGCUUUCCAAUAUAUGUUCAGGUAGAAUUUUGCAUUUUGAUCACACCAAAUCAUUGAUGCAUUGAUCAGCUUUUUGGUUUGAAAUCGGGCUUUUUUUUAUAUAUAACAAAACAUUAUAUUUGCAGUUAGUAUCUGUCAUGUUGCUGAUGGUGCCAUAAUUCCAGCAAAAAUCCAGAUUAAAAUUUGAAAAUACUGGUGAUCACCUUAGUUAGACUGAAUGUUUGUUUACUAAGUCCUUCUUACAUUACUCGUUUGUCAAAAUCUCUGCAAGAGAUGACCAGCUCUACAUGUUCAUUACUGUUUUUGUACAACUGUCCCAUUGCUCCAUUUGCAUAAAAGCUGAACUACAGUGUA